UGGCACCUUUUGAUAGUACUUUGAAUAAAUCUUUAAUAUCAUUUUUUAACGUCGCAUUUGUAUCUUGUGAUUCGAUUUAUAUACAAACUGUAUCUAUAAUCUACAAAUAUAACCGUACGAUUUAUAAAAUCUGAUCUAUGUAUGAUUUAUAAAAUCAUAAAAAGAAGAUUUUCUCGAGCUUGAACGAAAUGGCGAAUACAGGAGUGCUGCCGUUUGUACGUGGGGUCGAUUUUAGCAGCAAUGAUUUUAGUGAGGGAAAAUUUCCAGAAUCUGUACGUUUAAUGACUGGCAUACAAUGGCUAAAAUUGGAUGAAACCAACUUGACUGAGAUUCCGGAAGAAAUGGGCAAAUUGUUGAAGCUGGAACAUCUUUCGUUGGUUAAGAACAAGUUGGAACGCUUGUAUGGGGAAUUGACGGAACUUUGUUGUCUUCGUACUUUGAAUAUAAGGCGCAACAACAUUAAAUCGAGUGGCAUCCCGGCGGAAUUGUUUCAUUUGGAAGAAUUGACUACGUUGGAUUUAAGUCAUAAUAAUUUGAAAGAAGUGCCGGAAGGAUUGGAGAGAGCUCGUUCUUUGUUAAAUCUGAAUUUAAGUUACAACCACAUUGACACGAUUCCCAAUACGUUGUUCAUUCAUCUAACUGAUCUGUUAUUUUUGGAUCUUAGUGAUAAUAAAUUGGAAACGUUACCACCGCAAACUCGUCGUCUGGCAAAUUUACAAACCUUAAAUUUGAAUCAUAAUCCGUUGGGACACUUUCAAUUAAGGCAAUUACCGUCUUUGAUGAAUUUAAUAGCUUUACAAAUGCGUGAUACGCAGAGAACCUUGAACAAUAUUCCAUCAAGUUUGGAAACCUUGACGAAUUUACAAGAACUUGAUUUAUCGCAGAACGAUUUACCCCGAGUACCGGACGCGCUUUAUUCUCUGGUGAAUUUACGUCGUUUAAAUUUAAGCGACAAUCAAAUAAUUGAAUUAUCAACGGCAAUCGAGCUUUGGACGAAAUUGGAAACGUUCAAUAUAUGUCGUAACAAAUUGACAGCGAUACCUGCUUCUCUUUGCAAAAUUGUUACUCUUAGAAGGUUAUAUUUGAACGACAAUCAAUUAGAUUUUGAAGGUAUUCCUUCGGGUAUUGGUAAAUUGUCGUCGUUGCAAGUAUUUUCAGCGGCUAAUAAUCGUUUGGAAAUGAUACCCGAAGGUUUAUGCAGAUGUGGAUCGUUAAAAAAAUUAAUAUUAUCCUCUAAUCGAUUAAUCACCGUACCGGAUGCUAUUCAUCUUCUUACCGAUUUGGAACAACUUGAUUUAAGGGAUAAUCCGAAUUUGGUAAUGCCACCGAAACCGAUGGAAGUUCAAAAAGGUUCCGGCAUCGAAUUUUAUAAUAUUGAUUUUUCUCUGCAACAUCAAUUGCGACUUGCUGGCGCCAAUGUACCUACACCGAUUCAAACUUCUGGCAGUAAAGAUCCGAUAGCGCGCAAAAUGAGGCUUAGAAGAAGACGAGAUCAAGAGGAAGCUGAUCAAGAUCAAGCUAAGAUACUGAAGGGUAUGAAGGAUAUUGCGAAAGAUAAAAACAAAGAUAAAGAAUACGAAGACUCGAAAGCGGAAUCAUUAAAGCCUAAACGAUGGGACGAAACUCUGGAGAAACCACCGUUGGAUUAUUCUGAAUUUUUUGACGAAGAUGCCGGUCAAAUUCCUGGUUUGUCUGUAUGGGAGAUAGAAAAUUUUUUACCCAAUGAAAUAGAAGAAGUGGCGCAUGGAAAAUUUUAUGAAGGCGACUGCUAUAUCGUUUUAAAGACUGAAGUCGAUGAAGCUGGAUCUUUGAUUUGGGCAAUUUAUUUUUGGAUAGGAGAAAAAGCUACGUUGGACAAGAGGGCUUGUGCUGCGAUUCACGCCGUAAAUUUGCGUAAUUAUUUGGGUGCGCAAUGCCGUACUAUUAGAGAAGAACAAGGCGAAGAAUCGGAUGAAUUUCUAAUGUUAUUCGAAUCUGGUAUUACGUAUAUCGAAGGAGGUCGUACCUCGUCUGGAUUUUACACGGUCGAAGAUACGCCAUCGAUAACACGAUUGUACAGAGUACACGCUGCCGAUGCUUCGAUCCACUUAGAACCCGUUCCUGUCUGUUUCGAUUCCUUGGAUCCGGGCUUCGUAUUCGUCUUAGAUACUGGCAAUAAGAUUUUCAUAUGGUACGGCAAGAAAGCGAAAAGUACGCUGAAAUCGAAAGCGAGAUUAAUGGCUGAAAAGAUUAAUAAAAACGAAAGGAAGAAUAAAGCUGAGAUCAUAACGGAAAUCAUGAAUACAGAAUCGGACGAUUUUCUAUCGUGUUUGAACUUUAAAGAUGCUUCGCGUCUGUCACCUACCAUCGUUGAACAUGUAGAUGUGAAUUUUGUACCACUCGCGCCACGUCUGUAUCAAGUGCAACUUGGUAUGGGUUAUUUGGAAUUGCCUCAAGUCGAAGUACCUCAUGGGAAAUUAAGAAACACGCUUUUAAACAAUCGGAAUGUUUAUAUAUUAGAUUGUCAUGUAGAUGUUUACGUUUGGUUCGGUAAAAAAUCUACGAGAUUGGUACGAGCAGCAGCCGUUAAACUGUCUCAAGAAUUAUUUAACAUGAUAGAACGACCGGAAUAUGCGAUGGUAACCAGAUUGCAAGAAGGAACUGAAUCACAGAUUUUUAAAUCGAAGUUCGCUGGAUGGGAUGAAGUUAUAGCGGUUGAUUUUACUAGAACUGCCGAAUCGGUUGCCAAAACUGGUGCGGAUCUUACGAAAUGGGCGAAACAACAGGAAACGAAAGCGGAUCUAGCCGCGCUCUUUAUGCCUAGGCAACCACCUAUGACAUUUACCGAAGCUCAACAGCUAAUGUUGGAAUGGAAUGAUGAUUUGGAGGGGAUGGAAGCGUUAGUUUUGGAAGGAAAAAAAUUUGUACGCUUACCGGAAGAAGAAUUAGGGCAUUUUUAUAGCGGUGAUUGUUACGUUUUUUUAUGUCGUUAUUGGAUGCCAUUGGAUACAACGGAAAAUGAGGAUGGCGAUGAACAAUUCGAAGAGGAUUAUCAAUGUACCGUGUAUUUUUGGCAGGGCAGAGAUGCAGGAAAUAUGGGAUGGCUGACCUUUACCUUUAGUUUACAGAAAAAAUUUAAAUCUUUAUUCGGUGAGAAUUUGGAAGUAGUUAGAACUCAUCAACAGCAAGAAAAUUUGAAGUUCUUGGCAUAUUUUAAGAGAAAAUUCAUUAUUCAUCAUGGUAAGCGUAAACAACCUAAAGCUUGUGGUAAUAACAAGGUCGAAUUUUAUCAUCUAAGAAGUAAUGGAAGUGCGUUGUGUACCAGACUGAUACAAAUACCAGCUGAUUCGACGCUAUUGAAUCCUUCUUUUUGUUACAUUUUAAAUGUACCGUUUAACAAUGAUGAUGAGACAGGAAUAGUGUACGCUUGGAUUGGUUCCAAAGCUGAUAGCGAGGAAGCACGUUUGAUUCAAGAAAUCGCCGAAGAAAUGUUUAAUAACCCAUGGAUAAGUUUACAAGUUUUGAAUGAAGGUGAAGAACCGGAUAAUUUUUUUUGGGUAGCUCUUGGUGGAAAGAAACCAUACGAUAAUGAUGCGGAAUACAUGAAUUAUACCAGACUCUUCAGAUGUUCGAACGAAAAAGGAUAUUUUACUAUUAGCGAAAAAUGCACCGACUUUUGUCAAGAUGACUUGGCGGAUGAUGAUAUUAUGAUACUUGAUAACGGUGAACAAGUAUUUUUAUGGUUGGGCAGUCGAUGUUCGGAAGUAGAAAUUAAAUUGGCGUAUAAAUCUGCUCAGGUAUAUAUCCAACACUUACGAGUAAAACAACCGGAUAAACCGCGUAAAUUAUAUCUAACUGCUAAAGGAAAGGAAUCUCGAAGAUUCACCAAGUGCUUUCAUGGUUGGAGUUCGCAUAAAAGGCCGCUUCAAUAAAAUAAUUUUUUGAUAGAAUAGAAUAUCUCAAUUUUUAUCGUUUUGGUAACGUUUCUCGAUCAAGGCAAAUUUUAAACGAAACAACUGUUCAUAUAAAUUUAUUAUGUAAAUAAUUUUCUAAUUGUAACUUUUUAAACGGUUAAACAUCUAGAGUUUUGUUUCAAAAGGUAUUGUUAAUAUACGGAUAUUCUUCGUGUUUGUUUAUUUCCUUCGAUCGCGUUUAUUUUGAAAUCAAUUAAAAUAUUAUUUACAAGAUAUUUAUUUGUACGUUUGUACGUCUGUGUAUAUAGGUAUCUAUAUGCAAUUCAAUAGAAUAUAUUUAUGAAUGUACGUACAUUUAUGUGCAAAAUCCAUUCGUUUUUUAAAAAUUAUGUCGAAUAAAUUAAAAUACGCAAUUUAAUUUCCAUAUUUUUUUUUUUUU